AUGGGCCCGCCGCCGGACGAAAUGAGUGACCCAGGAGCCCUUCGAGUGCUCCGGGCGAAGAGUGCUUGCGGCGAGGGCGCCGUGAUCGCUCCCCUCAGCAUGGACACCGUCCACCUGAUCGACUUGCCGGCUGCUGGAUCGACUUCGCGAUCACUCGACCACUUGGCAGGUGAUCGGGGCAAAGAGAUUGCUGAGUGGUUAAUUCAUCUGCGCUUUCCUGCAUCCAUUGGCAGGGAGAACGCUAGACUUCAUGGGCCCGCUCGACCUCACUCCGAUCCCGCCCUCAAGCGGUCGCUGGCCCUGUGCGCGGAGUUGCUGCGACGGAUGGCCGACUCCGACCUGAUCGAGUGGCGCUUGACGGGUGAGGUCUCGUGCGGCCUGUUCUUUGUAUAUAAGAAAUCAGGUGACCUUCGCUCGAUAGUUGAUUGGCGACUUCCAUCGUGCCACUUUGGCGACAGUGACCCUGUGUCGCCGGCCUCGAGGGCCGCAUUUUCCACCGUCGAGGUUGACAGCGCCGCGCCAGUCCAGGUCGGCUCGGUCGAUGUCGUAAACGCCUUCUAUAGCGCGCAGUUGCCAGAAACCCUCCGAGAGAUGUUCGCCCUUCCUCGAGUCCGAGCCGACCUGGCGAACGUCUCGUCGGCCCAAGGUCGAGCCGCCAGACUGGGCCAAUACCUUUAUCCAGUCCUGAAGGUGGCCCCGAUGGGCCGGGAGCUUUCUCUCUGGGCCUGCCAGCAGUGCGUGGAUUACUUGUUCGCCUUCGGGAAGGACCGAGAGGCCAGAUCCGUGGCAGAGGGGGCGCAGCAGGAGCUGGGAAAAGUGGACCUUCCAACCCGCCCCGUGGAGGCAGGCUGUUUUGCGCAGCAGAGGGUGCCGCUCGACACCGUCAAGUCGCUCGGUCUGUUCAACGAGAGGUGUGCCCUCUCGGAGGCCCAGGUCACCCUCGAGGGCCGCGCCAUGGUCUUGGCCCACCCCCACAAAACGAGGGCCUUGAGCAACUUCGGGAAGCGCCAUCUGUUCUUGGGCGACGCCAUGGCCAGCAUCCUUCCCGUGCCCAAGGGGCGAUCAUCCUCGAAGCUGAUGAGCGUUUGUCGGCAGAUGCCCACCCUGAACCUGGCUUUCGGCAUGGGCCGCGCCCUGCUCGGGGGGGCGGAGACGCUUGCGGCCAGCGGGGCCGCCGUGUCCGCGCGUUCUUCGCCGCGCGGCUCGGGCGGGCCUUCGGCGGCGACGCCGGCCCGGCGGACGCGCUCGUCCUCGGCCCGGCCUGGGCCGGCCGCCUCGACCCGGCGGAGCCUCCGCCAUCGGCCGGCGGCGAGUCAGCUGCGGCCCUCCUGCGUGAUCGAGGCAGACCUGCGAGCCGAUCGAGCAGAUCGGCGCCGCAGGGGCCACCGCGAGGGGCCCGCGACCGACGAGCGCGGCCCGACCGUGCCCAUGAAGCGCACAGUGAGGAAGCCCCAGGAGGCCCAGUGCAGACGCAUCAUGAGCCUGUUCUAUCAGAGGUACGUGACGACGGGCCUGGCGAUCAACAGUACAUGGCAGCUCGACCCGGCGGUGAGAUCCCACCCCAACGAGCAGUUCUUCGUUGGCUUCCCGAACUUCGUGGGGUCCUUCCUGAUGGCGGCCCUGACGUACUGCCAGCAGGACCCGAUGGCGACGCUCCUGUGCUUCGUGUCCUACACCCGCCUCGACUACCCAGAGUUCCCGGGGGUGGACGGGCUCUUGACCUGCCUCCGAGCCGACCGCGGCGGCACGCAGCCGCUGCCUGACCUGAAGUACGCGACCUGGGCCGUCCUGUUCACCCUGGCCGCGGUCGACAUGGCUGCGGACGCGGUGGUGCCAGCGAGCGCAGGACAGCCGGCGAUCGAGGCGCCAGAGGUGCCUCUCUCCGACGCCGACUCGGAAUCUUCGGUCUCGUCGGGGGACGCGGGGCCGCCGCUGAAGCGGCCGCGGCGGCUGAAGAAGAUCGUGUCCGUGUCCACGGCGGCCUCGGAGGCGCUCCGGGAGGCUCCGACUGCGCUGCGCGAGCGCAACGAGGCGAUCCUGGCCGCGAAGGCAGGGAAGGCAUCGAGGCAGCGUGAGUUCCUCUCUGCCAACGCGGACGCGCUGCGGCCGUUCCUGGUGGACGGUCGCGUUGCGCAGACCUCGGCAGUGUUGGAGAUAGAGCCUCUGCAGCAGCCGAUGCAGGUGGUGCCCGCAGGGGCGAUGCGCGAUUAUCAGCUUGAGUCGGUGGCCUUCCUCGCACAUUCCUUCGACCACGGAGUGGGCGUCAUCAUUGGUGACGAGAUGGGGCUUGGAAAGACUUUGCAAACAAUUGUUUUCCUUGCUCAUCUGCGUUUCAGCCGUGACCUGCCAGGGCCAUAUUUAGUUGUGUGUCCUUUGUCCGUGCUGGACGGUUGGUGCAGUGAGCUGCGUCGUUGGGCACCCGAGAUGACGUUUUUGAAGGUGCAUUCAUACACUGAUGAGGAGUGCUUGCGGCUCCGGAAACAGAUGACAGGAGGAGGCAUAGACGUGAUGGUGACCACGUACGACGUUGUGAAGAGCAAGCGGUGGAGACGCGUGCUCAGUCGGUUGGUGUUCCGCGCGGUCGUGGCAGACGAGGGGCAGGUGAUCAAGAACGAGGCCGCUGUGGUCACCAGGGACCUUCGCGCUUUGCGUUCCGACUUUCGGCUUGUCUUAACCGGAACACCCGUUCAGAACAAUCUGGAGGAGCUGCACGCGCUGCUCGAGUUCCUCAACCCUGGCAUGUUCUCGCUGGAUCGCUUCGUGCAGGCCUACGAGAAGACUGAGCGGAGCACGGACAAGCAGGCGUUGGACGAUGUGAGGCGCUUGCUGAGCGUCCUCAUGGUGCGUCGCCUGAAGGUAGACGUGGAGAAGGGCUUGCCACCCAAGUAUGAGGUCCGUGUCAAUUGCCCGCUGUCGCCGAUGCAGCUGUUCUGGUACAGGAGGCUGCUGGUGAAAGACGCCCUUCUGCUCAGUCAAAUCGAGCAGGGCGAUGUGCGUGGCCCCGGCAAGUACAAGAAGCUUGUCUCCCUCGUAGCGCAGCUGCGGAAAGCCUGCAACCAUCCAUACCUGUUCGACGGCGCGGAGGAUCCGCAGCAGCCGUCCUGCGAGGCCUUGGUGGCGGCGAGCGGCAAGCUCGCUCUGCUGGACCGCCUGCUUGUGGGCCUGAGGGCUCGAGGCCACAGGAUAGUUAUCUUCUCCCAGUUCACUCAGAUGCUGAACAUCAUUCAGGACUACAUGGACGAGCGCGGCUGGCCUUACUUCCGCCUCGACGGGGGCACCAACAGAGCGUUGCGCAUGGUUCGCAUCCAUAGCUUCCAGAAUUCCACCGCGGCGUCGAUCUUCCUCAUGACUACGCGAGCCGGCGGAGUGGGUGUCAAUCUGCAGAGCGCGGACACCGUGGUGCUGUUCGAUUCGGAUUGGAACCCGCAGUCGGACAGGCAGGCAAUGGCGCGGGUCCACCGCCUGGGCCAGACUAAGCCUGUGUGGGUCUACCGCCUCGUUUCCGCCGGCACCAUCGAGGAGCGCAUUCUGCAGCGGGCCGAGACCAAGCUGUGCCUCGACCGCGCCGUGCUGGCGGACGGUUUGGGGUCCCAAGAGGCAGAAAAGCGCUCGACCGACCUGUUCGCGCUCGUGCGCUCCUCGAUUGCAGGAGCCCCGACGCGCGCCAUGAGCGAAGAGGAACUCGAGAGGCUGUUAGACAGGUCGCGGCCGCCAGAGGCGGCCUCCGACUCCCCCGAGCCGCCCGCCGCGGUGCUGCACGACACCAUGACGGUCCUUGGCAAGACGGUGCCCAGGGAGAGGCCCAAGACCCUCCCCGACAUCGGCAAGCAGUGGAUCUCGAACAAGGAAAAAACACAUAAACACAAUUGUUUCACGCUCCGCGCGGAUUUCUUGGAUCUGCGCUGGGGCCCCCUGACGGCGGCGCCGCCCCUGGCGCGCUCCGCGCGCUAG